UAUUUGUUUCCUAGUAUCUCAAAGAAAAAGCAGACAAGGCAAAGGAAGCUGCGAAGGCUUUGGCUAGGGAAAAAGUGGCGCACUUGGUGCAGUCAUCAUGUGAAGACAUACCCGUGUUUCCUUAUGGAUACAAUGCAGAAAAGAGACCUCCUGAUUGGGUGACUGCUCCAGCUGGAUUGAAUCGAGAAAAGUUUAUUGAAGAUUAUCUUUCAAAGGACUAUCUGCCAGCAAAUGCAACUCAACAGCAGUUUGAGAAUCUUUACGGUCAACUUCAUCAGUAUCAUCUAUCUAUUUCUCCUCACUCAUUGGAGAGCAACAAGAAGUGCAAUAUUAGGCCAGAGAUUGUGGUUGGUGGGAAGCUUAUCCCUGAGGAGAAGCAUGAUGGAACUCCAGUAACUUCCUAUCUUGAUAAAAAUAUGAAAAAUACAUAUCAUGUAAUACGUGUGUGGGAUGCUAGGAAGAAAGGACGUUUCUUGGAGUUUCUCCGACAGAACUGUUCUGGUUACGUUUUGGCUUGGAGAGUGUAUGCGCUUCUAGUUUUGUUCAAAUCUGCAAAAUGGUGCUACUUCUCGGAUGAACCAGCUAUUGUGGUAGAUUUGGGACAUAUUUGGACAUUUGUGAUGUCUAGACAACAUUCAACAUAUUCAGUUGUGGAACAUACAAAAUUUGGAAGUGAUUCAAUGGAGGCGGGGGUUGAUGUUCUCGAUGCUGUUUAUCAGAAUGCUAUUACCAUGGAUGAGGAUACCAUGGAACCGGAUGAAGAAUCUGUGGCAGCCGUCCACUUCUUUCUUUUACUCUUGGGUGAAGCGCCGCGGUCUGAAGUUUUCAAGACAAUCAUCUUUAGCACCAUCACAACAAAGAAAGUUAAGCAAUGUCAAUCAACCGGUCUUGUCUAUGACUCGCUUGCUAAAAAUUGGAAUAAGUUGUGCAAAUGUGUGUGCCAUCUACGGCUGAUGGUAAUAGAGGCUCUCAUGGAAGCAAACUUUAGGGUUGAGAGACCAAAUGUCAUCAAACCGGCUGAACCUCAUCACACUUUGGUUGAUUUGUUUAAAGAAAUGACAAUACACAAACGAAAGGCCCAGUACAAGUGUAGCUCAAUUGCAAUGGAUGACAAACUCCGGCAAGUAUAUGGAUUAUUGAAGGAAAGAGGUGCUGAUGGCAAGUAUGUUUACAGCGAAAGUGCCUACAAAAACAUCAUGAAGUGCUUGUCUUUGAUACGGUACUCAUCUGUGGUGAUUGGGCUUAUGGUCAGAGAGAAGCCAUAUACUUAUCCCAUGUUCCUUAUUGACACUAAUGACACGUCUGUGAAGUAUGUUGCUGAUGAACUCUUGUUUUGGGAUAAGUAUAAAUCUUUCGAAAAAGAUCACAAGGCAGCUUUUGAGUCAAAAGAUCGUGUUGAACGUGAGUGCCAAUAUUCACUUGUUAUGAGAUUUCUUCCUGAUACAACUCCGUUUCUACGGCGGUGGGGUUAUUCAGUCCUUGUUCCAGCAUCGUUAAGCAUUGAAGAAAUUAACUUGUGGUGUGACACGUUUAAAUCGAAGACUCCCAGCAUGGGUGAAGUACCAGCCGGAAAGUUUGUUAUUCGUGAGUGGAGGAAGGUGAAUUUAGAACUGGAAACCAAGUUAAAGGCUCUGAUUGUCUUCAUUGGAGAAAAUUAUCUGGGUGACUGAGGUUAGCGCAAGCUAGAGACUCCUGCGAUGCGAGCUCUUGAUGGACAGUGUUGUGUGUGUCGGUUGGCUUAUUUUGCUCUUGUUUUGGUACCAGUCCUGUUUUGGAACCACAGACAAGAAUGAAGAAUUGGCCUGCCUGCUGCUAGCGGGGGCUGUCGUGUGGUUGUUUUUUGCUGUCUGCUUGCUUGCUUGCAUUUGUAAGCAGAAGAAUGGACUCAUGUUGUCCUGCUGCUGCCACCUGUGGCAUUUUUUGCUCUCUGUUGUCUAACUCGAGUAAGGAGCAUGCAUGCUGUUGUCUCUGGUUACAAUGCUCCUUCUCUUUUUUAGUGGGAUUUGCGCUGGUGCAUUUUCUGUAGUUUAGUUUAGAUAGCAGAAGAGUAGAGUUGAUGCUGAAAUCGACAGUGAUCCUGAAAGAUUAUUCUUUUGGUGAUUUGUUUUACGGUCGUGGGGCUAACGCUUGCUUGUAAUUCGGGUUCGUAUGUUUGGUCGGUGGGAUUGCAUUCCUUUUUCUUAAGAGUAUGGA